AUGGAAGAAGGUGAACAUUUAUAAAGAGAAUUAAACGAAUAAGACGACCUUGAUAAUCUUGAUUUAUAAUAUGACAAACAAAAUGAAAUAUUUGACCAUGAAAAGUUUACAUCCGAAUUAUUGUUUGCAGUUUAAGGUUUAGGUUCAAACAAAUUCGUAAAUCAGAUCGAAAUAUAUGUAAAAGGAGACCAUUGCGAGGAAAAUGUUUAAUUUUUAGAAAUAUUUUAUUUUGUGUUUGCGUGUUUUGAUCCUGAAUGGUUUUUAGACGAUUCAGGAAAGGAUAAGGAGUUUUUGAGACUUUUGAAUAAAGAUAGAAAUUGGAAAAAAAAAAUUCAAGGCUCAAUUCCAGUUAGGCAUAGUAGAUUUUAUUAAAAUUUCUCGUACUAAAGAUUGUUUGGUGAUACUAGAAAGAUUUUAGAUAAUCCUUUUGUAGGAUAAGGAGGAUUAUAAGGAAAAAAAUGGAAGUUAACUUUGCCCAAAAAUAACUAUAACAGUCUGUUCCGAGAAAAUUUUUGA